UGUGGACAGUCAUUGUGUGGUGUUCUCACCCAACAGCUGUCCGUGUUGUUUCACGAUCUCAGGAUCAGAUUAAUGUCACUAUAUAACAGCAGCACACAGAGACAGAGAGAGUCAAGCGGAGCUGGAGACAUUCGAUCGAUUCUCCGAGGUCCUUUCAGACGUCGUGUGAUGUGUAAGGGGCUGUCUGCCAUCCCCUCCUCAUGCCUGGAGAAGGCGAAGGGCAUGAGGGUCAAACUGUCCCACCUGACCGAAAAGCAGGAGUGGGUUCACAAACACAGAGCGUGUGAGAAGCUGCCUCAGGAUCUGGAGUCUCUGCUCAACAGCAAGCCGGGCAUCCAGGCGUUUCGCUGCUUCCUGCGCUCCGAGUUCAGCGAGGAGAACCUGGAGUUCUGGCUGGCAUGUGAAGAGUACAAGAGCACAUCCGGGUCCAGACUGGCGGCCAGAGCCCACAACAUCUACAAGCAGUUCAUCAACCCUGACACUCCUCGGGAGGUGAAUCUGGACAGUGAGACCCGCGAGGCGUUGAUGGGGCUGAUGGAGGAGCCCACAGCGGACACAUUCGACGAGGCUCAGCACCGGAUCUUCUCUCUGAUGGCUAAAGACUCGUUCCCACGUUUCCUGCGCUCCUCUUACAGCCAGCAGCCUCUCAGAGUCCUGUGAGACACACUGUGUAUCUGUGGUCUAGACUAGAUCUGGAGUUAAUCUGUAGAGACGCAUGAGCCACAGUCAGGUAGAAUAAAGUGUAGUAGGACAUAGACUCUUUAGACAUUUGAAAACAUCUAUAAUCACUCACUUUGCCUUUAUAUAUAUCUUUGAACCUAAUAAAGUUAUUUGGCUCAAAAUGGAAGUGUUUGGCAGUCAAUCACACACUGAGAGCCAGUCGGAGAUCUUGAAGCUCAAGGUCGCCACACAAUCAAGGCUGAACAAAGAUAAUAAAGCAGGCAGAGAAUCACAGCGUUCAGCCAAUCACAGAACGAGCAGCCCGUCCUUGACCACAGGGAGACCUCCAGAGAUUAAUCGCAGUAAGACAAUGAGUGUGACUGCUUACCAGUGGAAAAACGUAUAUGUGA